GCGCUCCUCUGGGCCGGGAGAGGGGGGAGGUUGACCUAAAGGAGAGACCCCCCAACUAUAGGGACGGUAGUAGGCGGGGCCGGCGCUGUUCUCGCUUUCGAUUCUGCUCUAUGUGCGCGCGCACAUAGAGACCCAUACGCGCUAUGCACGUACGUACGCACGUACAACAUAUACACAUGCGGAAGCGGGACGCCCGUUCCGGGGGAUGCAGACUGUUGCGGAGGUGGCCGUGGCAGAAGGUGAAGCCGGCGGAGUUGCGGGGCCUGCGACGGAUCCUCCUGGGCUACAGCCACCCUCCCAGGACUUUGGUCAACAUUCCAAGGAGGAACUCAGCAAUAAGGAAGGUAGCUUCAUCAGCCCUGAAUGCAUCGAACCAAGAACAAUGGAUCUGAAAUUCAACAACUCCAGGAAAUAUAUUUCUAUCAGUGUCUCUUCCAAAGCCCAAGCUAUGUCACCACACAUCAAGUCAAUAGAUGACAUUGUAGUACUUGGCAUCAAUCUCAGCAAAUUUAACAAACUCACUCAGUUUUUCAUAUGUGUUACAGGAGUUUUUGUAUUUUACCUAAUCUAUGGAUAUUUGCAGGAGCUGAUAUUUUCAGUGGAGGGCUUUAAGCCCUUUGGCUGGUACCUUACUUUAGUUCAGUUUGGGUUUUACUCCAUAUUUGGACUAAUAGAACUUCAGCUUAUUCAGGACAAAAGGAGAAGGAUACCAGGAAAAACCUAUAUGAUAAUAGCUUUUCUAACCGUGGGUACUAUGGGUUUGUCAAACACUUCCCUAGGCUACCUGAAUUACCCCACCCAAGUCAUCUUCAAGUGCUGCAAAUUGAUUCCGGUUAUGCUAGGAGGAGUUUUUAUUCAAGGAAAGCGUUACAAUAUUGCAGAUGUAUCUGCUGCAGUGUGUAUGAGCCUUGGCUUGAUAUGGUUUACUCUAGCUGACAGCACAGUUGCACCAAAUUUCAACUUGACAGGUGUGGUCCUUAUCUCCCUCGCCCUCUGUGCAGAUGCUGUUAUAGGAAAUGUACAAGAAAAAGCCAUGAAGAUGCAUAAUGCUUCCAAUUCAGAAAUGGUUUUGUAUUCCUAUUCAAUUGGUUUUGUAUACAUUUUAUUGGGAUUGACAUGCACUACUGGAUUAAGCCCUGCAGUAGCAUUUUGUUCAAAGCAUCCAGUACAAACGUAUGGUUAUGCAUUCCUUUUCUCCCUUACUGGGUAUUUUGGAAUCUCCUUUGUUCUGGCUUUGAUUAAAAUAUUCGGUGCACUUCUUGCUGUAACAGUAACAACAGGAAGAAAAGCAAUGACCAUUGUGCUUUCUUUUAUGUUCUUUGCUAAGCCCUUCACAUUUCAAUACGUGUGGUCUGGUUUAUUAGUUGUGCUUGGUAUAUUUCUAAAUGUUUACAGCAAAAAUAUGGACAAAAUCAAGCUCCCAUCACUACAUAGUCUAUUAAAUAGAAAAAUGGAAGCCAGAAAGACAAGGACGUUGGCACAAACAGUAUAGGCAGUAAUUUACACUGUCUGAAAUGGAACUUUUUUGAGAGGAAAAAAAUUAUCAAUUCACUUUCCAAAGGGAUCUUUAUAAAAACCAAAGGAGUAGAAGGCAAGCUGUGCAUUGUGGCUUAAAUAUGAACAUUUUUGUAUGAAAUCAACCUUCUCUUCACUUGCGGUCACUUUACUUUUGAAACAUUCAACAAAGCCAGUGUGUAGCACAUUAUGAGAAUAAAAUGUCAAGAUGAAGGACCGAAGUACUUGUCAGCUUAUUGAGAAUUUCCACCAGAAAUGGAAUAUUGCAAGACGGAGACCAAUUUGGAUAUCAUAUUUGUCAUCUAAAAUACUAUUAAUAUGGAUUUGUAGAUUGUCUUGUCUUUAUUUUUUGGUUUGAGCUAUUAAAACUGAUUUUUUAAUUAUUAUGAUACCGAUGACCAAAUUUAUACUUUUAAGUCUUAGAAGAAUGAUUAUUUUAAAUAAAAAUAUAUUUAAUUAUUUGUAAUGUCUUAAUAUAAUUAUGUAUUAAAGUUGAAAAUGGAAAUUAGGUUGUCUUUAAUGAAACAAAAAAUUGGGGGAUUUUUCUCUGACUUGUAAUUUAAAAAUAUAUUUUCCAAUGACAGCAUGCCUUUUAAUUACUCUAUGAAAUGUGCCUAGGAUAUCCAUAUGAGUCACCUUUAUGCAAUAGUUAAAUGCAUAUCAAUGGAAAGAAUUGUUUCUGCCCACUAGGACAGAUCUGGAAAAUUAAAUUAUCUCAGAAAGGUUUAUUUAACUAAGGUAGAAAAAGUUUGUCUCAAAAUGAUAAUAGUUUACUUUUCUCACAAAAUGUGCAUCAGCUUUGAAACAAUAAAAAGAUAUGGUGAAGUUAAAGCAGUUGAAAGUUUGCUUUAUUUUUCACGUACAAAAAAUAAUAUGCAGACUCUUACAUAGUAGAAAAAACUUAUCUAGGCUAUUUAAUGUAUUAUUUCAGGUGUGAUGACCUCCACUGAAAUGCUAUUUUAAUGUGUCAUUAAAAUAGGGAUGCAGCUUUAGGAUGACACUGAGUUUUUGAAGGCGAUGCCAGGUGGUAGAAACUCCGUCAGGUCAUAACAAGAAGGCAGGGCUCUGCCUAUGAGCCUAGUGCCAGCCUCACUGUUUGGAGUGUCUCAUCAUCAGGAAGGUGGCCACCAGAUAAUGUUAGUUUGAGGAUGGGGGAUGGGAGGUGGGGAGUGAGGGAGAUGAAAGUUUGCUUUUCUAAGUCAUAAAGAAUUAUAGUUUGUCGAAGUGUAGAUAAUAUUUUAUAUUUUAUAGUAGUAAAGUAUCUCCAAAAAGACAUAGGGUAUUGCGUUCACCAAUAGUUCACAGCCUUUCUUAGAUAAAUUCAUAGUGCCAUAGAGCCACCACUAGUCUAAUUCCCUCCUUUUUCAUAUUAAAAACUAAGGCUGAACAGGGAUAAGUGACUUGUCCACAGUCACACAAGUAGUAAGUAUCAGAAAUGGGAUAUGGACUCAGGUUCUCUCACUACAAAGCCAUUGCCAUAGCAAGCUAUUGAGCCACAUAGAGGUUAAGGGAAUUGCCUGGGGAUAGUUCAUAAAAAUGGUAUCCUUAGCCAGGAAUGAAAACUAAAUAUGUGUUCUUAACUACAAACCCUGGGACUCUAUCCAUUAAAGUAUAAGUCCCCAAAUCUGCAAUUUAGAAUUUGUUUACACUCAGAGUAAUCUGACUGUUUAGUCAUUUACUUUUAAUUUAAAAACAGCUUUUCAAAUGGCUACUAUAUGACAAAACCUAUUUAAAACAACCAAUGUACAUUUGAUUUCCCAAUACAAAUAAUAUUGGUCAAAUCAAUUCAGUGUCUGUUCCACUAGAUUAUUUCAUACGUGCUUCUUAGAUAGCAGUCAAAAAGUAUUUAUUAAGUAUCUACCAUAUUAUUAAUACUGUGCCAAGCAAUAGGGUUACCCCAAAAAAGGCAAAUGAUAGUUCCUACCCUUAAGAAGUUCACAACUGAAUAAAGGAUGCAACAAGCAAAUAAACAUAUAUGAACAAGCUAUAUAGAGGAUAAAUAUAUGAUUGAGAGGGAAGGGACUAGAGUUAAGGGGGAUUAAAAAAGGCUUCCUGUAGAGGUGGGAGUUCUUUUGGGGCUUGAAAACCAGGGAAGGCAAGAACUAGAUAUGAGAAGGAAGAGUUUUCCAAGCAUGGGAGACAACUAGAAUAAUUACCUUGGGCCAAGAUAGUGUGUCUUGCUUGGUUAACAGUGGGGAGGCCAUUAUCAAUGGAUCAGUGUAUAGGGAGAUUAUAAGGUGUAAAGACUAGAAAGGUAGGGGCUGGAUUAGCCGAUAAAGGGCUUUGAAUGCCAGAGGAUUUUAUAUUUGAACCUCUAGGUGACAGAGCCACUUAUAGUUUAUUAAAUGGGGGAGAGGGAUUGACAUGGUUUGACCUGUGGUUUUGGAAAAUCACUUUGGUCCUGGAGGACGGAUUGGAGUGAGGAGAAAUUUAAGGCAGGCAAACCCACCAACAAGCUCUUACAGUAGUCCAAGCAUGAGGUAAUGAGAGCUUGCAACAGUAUGGUGGCAACAGUAUCAGAGGAGGGAAGGGGAUAUAUUCGAGGGAUGUUGCAAAAGUGAUAUCAACAGGAAAGACUGGAUUUGAUUAUUAAUUUUGUCAAUGGUUAUCACUAAGUUUCUGAUGAUGGAUGAAGAAGUUGUAACUUAAUGGAUAAAGAAGUUGUAAUAACAUCUAAUAUUUCAGAUUUUUACCUUUUUAAAAAUUAGUCACUUAGGGGUUGAAAAGUUGAAUUCUAAUCUUCCAAAAUUGAUA